AUGAGAGUGGCUAUUCUCGUCAGCGGCAAGCCACAUUUGGAAGCUCCCAAGCUACUCGGCGUUCCAAUUAUUUCAGACUCAACUGGGUUAUCCCAAAAGAAUGCUGUUGUCAAUCUUUUAUCAACAUGGGAAGUCACCGAUAAUGUUAUUGGGUUGUUUUUUGACACCACCGCCUCGAAUACUGGAAUUCAUCGUGGAUGUGCUACGCUAUUAGAACAACAACUGGGACGUGCAGUUUUAUGGCUAGCCUGUCGCCAUCACGUUUACGAGUUACAUAUUAAACACGUCUGGUCUGCCGUAAUCGGUGAUUCUAAUAGUCCCAUCGAACCGCUUUUGAAAAGAUUUCAACAAGAAUGGGAAAACUUGGAUCGCGAUACACACAAUCUCUGUUUAUUUGAAUGGCCCGAUGACGAAGAGUCGUUUUCUUAUCAACAAGGAAGAAAAGUGUUAGAUUGGGGUCAGUCUCAUCUAGCAUCUCAGAGUUUUCCUAGAGAAGACUAUAGGGAGUUGAUCGAGUUGACCGUGAUAUUUCUAGGCGGGACUCUUCCUGCGGGAAGAAAUUUCCAGUUUCGAAAACCAGGCGCUCAUCGUAGAGCCCGGUUUAUGCACAUAGCAAUUUACGCAUUAAAGAUGCAAAUGCUGUCUGAACGUUUUCAACUGGAUCAAAAUGAACUUUCUCAAAUUAAAACAAUCUCGGAUUAUAUUGUGUUGUCCCAUAGUAUGGCGUUUUUGCGCUCCCGUCUCGCUAGUUGUGCACCUACGGUUGACCUUCAAUUCAUAGGAGGAAUGUGUCAAUACCUGGAAGAAGCAAUUUUGGAUGGAAGGAAUUCUCAUUUCUGGCGAACAAUGAUGAUAAACAAACUGAAAAAGAAUCCACGUCCUACAUCAUUUGUUUCAGCCAAGCCGAAAAUGCCACAGUUUGAGAAUACUAUUCCUACCUUGAUUGACCUCAUCGGUCAGCGAUCAUGGCUCAUUUUCCAUCUUCAACGUUGCACAAGCAAAGAAAUAGAGUGGAUGCAAUUUGAAUCAUCAAACUGGGAAAAAUUUGAAGACUACAGAUUUCUUCGAGACAUCAUCAAUGGAAUGAAAGUAGUAAAUGACAGCGCGGAGCGCGGAGUUAAGCUGAUUACCGACUUCAGAAAUGUUGUCCAUAAUGAAGAACAACAACAGUUUUUACUUCAAGUUGUAGAAAACCAUCGUCAAGAAGUAUCUUUAAAUGGGAGAAAACAACAGUUAGGUUGA